AUGAAGAAGAGAGUUGUAUUCCAGUUCACAGUUUUUGAUGAAAGCACCAAAGAGCUAGCGAAGGAAACUGCCAGAGAGUUUGAAGGAGUUACAAAGGUGGUAGAGGUUGAAGGAGAAGAAGGUCAGCUAGAGGUGAGGGGAGAAUUUAGUACGUCUGAACUGAAAAAGGAACUAAAGAAAAUAGAUGAAUCUGUUGAGACAAUCAAGAUUCGAGCAUAUGGAGUAAAGGAGCCAGAAGUCAAGAUCCAGCAACAAGAUAAAGGCAAGAAGCCAAAAGUCAAGAACCAGCAGCAAGGUAAAGGCAAGGAGCCAGAAGUCAAGAUCCAGCAACAAGAUAAAGGCAAGGAGCCAGAAGUCAAGACCCAGCAGCAAGAUGAAGGCAAAAUACUACCUAGUGAUGUUGCCAGUAGCUCAAAUUCGAGAGGAUACUUGGAGAAGGCAAUAGAUGUUGCUAAGGUGGCCAAAGAUAUGGGUGUUAAUGCUGCUGGUAAGGCAAUAGGUUUGGGUGCUGAUGCAGCUGGUAAGGCAAUAGUUUUGGGUGCUGAUGCUGCUGGUAAGGCAAUAGAGUAUUAUGGAAAGAAAAACAAAGAAAAUGAGGCUAAGGCAAAGCUAGAACGUAAGCCUAUAGUAGGAAAAGGAGGAAACUGGUUACCAUUCCAGAAAGCGCAUGGAGGAGGUGUCUUUGAAGCUAUAAUAAGGAUCGAAGAAGAGAAGGCACAGAGGUGGAGGAAACAAACUAAAGAGAUGGAAGUCGAACAAAGAAAGAUCAGGGAGAAGGAAGAGAUGGAACAAAGGAAGAACAAGGUAGAGAAGGAGAAGCAAAAAGUGAAGGAAAAAAAUUUAGCAAUUAAUAAAGAAGAGGAAAAACUAAAGGUGUGGGAAGAGAACAUGAAGAAACAAGGUUUAGAAAAUAACUCAUGUGCUUGCAUCAUCUUGUGA